CACUCACGUGAACGUGCCAGAACAUUGCAGCUUCUGCGCAGUUACUGAUCAUUUCAACUGUAUGUUAUGUAUGUGUUAUGAGACGAAUUUUAUAACGUGUCUCUGGAAGAGAUUUGUGGUCCAGUCAGACUUGCACGAUCAUUGGGGUGGCUGAGCUGCGAGAGCACUUCGUAUGUACCCAAAGACUACCGCUGCUAACUGGUGAGCUAGCUAGUACUAGCUGACUAAUGUUAAUUCAUACGAUGUUUCCAGCUAGCAGAUAUUCAAUUCAAGCCCAGAGGUGUAUAAGAGCGUUGAAAACAGUGAAAGCAGAUCAUGCACCUCCACAGCUCUACACAUGGAGAUGGAAAUGCUCGUCCGCAGUAACGCCUCGCAUAACAUCACACUACACAAUCUGCCCCAGGGACAAAGACCCACGAUGGGAAGGUACAUAACAUCACACUGCACAUUCUGCCCCAGGGACAAAGACCCAUGAUGGGAAGGUGUGGAGAUGGAGCGGUUUGCCGACGAGGCUGAUGUGGUGAUAGUGGGCGGGGGUCCCGCAGGGCUGUCGGCAGCCAUCCGGCUAAAGCAGCUGGCCAAUGAGCAGGAGAAGGAUCUGCGUGUCUGCCUGGUGGAGAAGGCCUCUCAGAUCGGUGCACACACUCUCUCCGGGGCCUGCCUGGAGCCCAGCGCCCUCAACGAGCUCUUCUCAGACUGGAAGGAGAGAGGGGCACCCUUGAACACACCAGUGACAGAGGAUGUGUUUAGCCUUCUAACCAAGAAAUACAGGAUCCCUGUCCCAAUGUUGCCAGGUCUGCCCAUGAACAACCAUGGGAACUACAUUGUGCGGCUGGGCCACUUUGUGCGUUGGUUGGGAGAGCAGGCUGAGGAGCUAGGAGUGGAGAUAUACCCCGGCUACGCUGCUGCUGAGGUUUUGUUUCAUGAAGAUGGAAGUGUGAAAGGAAUUGCCACCAAUGACGUGGGCAUCGCUAAGGAUGGUUCGCCAAAGGACGUGUUUGAGAGGGGGAUGGAACUCCAUGCUAAAGUGACACUGUUCGGAGAGGGCUGCCAUGGCCACUUGGCCAAGCAGCUCUACAGGCAGUUCAACCUCAGGGAGAACUGUGAACCACAGACCUACGCCAUUGGCCUAAAAGAGGUGUGGCUGAUUGAUGAGAAGAAGUGGAGACCGGGCAGAGUGGAGCAUUCAGUGGGCUGGCCCCUGAACAGGAACACGUACGGCGGCUCCUUCCUCUACCACCUCAACGAGGGUGAGCCACUGGUGGCCUUAGGCUUUGUGGUUGGGCUUGACUACACCAACCCAUACCUCAGCCCUUUCAGAGAGUUCCAGCGAUGGAAGCACCACCCCUUCAUUGCCAAGACCCUGGAGGGAGGGAACAGAAUCGCUUAUGGAGCCAGGGCGCUCAAUGAGGGAGGCUAUCAGUGCCUACCUAAAGUGACAUUCCCUGGGGGGAUGCUUAUCGGAUGCAGUCCAGGCUUCAUGAACGUACCAAAGAUUAAAGGCACCCACACGGCCAUGAAGAGUGGCAUGCUGGCCGCAGAGGCCAUCUUCCCCAAAGUCACAGCCAAGGACCUAGCAUCUGAAACUGCAGGACUUCAUGUACCUGAAUAUGAGGACAAUUUAAAGAAGUCUUGGAUCUGGAAAGAGCUGUACUCAGUAAGGAACAUCAGGCCCUCAUUCCACAACUACUUUGGGCUGUACGGGGGCAUGGUCUACACCGGUGUCUUCUAUUGGAUACUCAGAGGGAAGGAGCCAUGGACACUGAAACAUGCAGGCCUGGACUCGGCCCAGCUGAGACCGGCUAAGGAGUGCACGGCCAUCGAGUACCCCAAGCCCGACGGCAAGCUGAGCUUCGACCUGCUCUCCUCGGUGGCUCUAAGUGGCACCAACCACGAGGGGGACCAGCCCCCCCACCUUACCCUGAAGGACGACAGUGUCCCCGUGGCCAACAACCUGGCCAUCUACGAUGGGCCUGAGCAGCGCUUCUGUCCAGCAGGUGUAUAUGAGUACGUUCCACUCGAAACUGGAGAAGGUAUGAGGUUGCAGAUCAACGCUCAGAACUGCGUGCAUUGCAAGACGUGCGACAUCAAGGACCCCAGCCAGAACAUCAACUGGGUGGUGCCCGAAGGCAGCGGAGGACCAGCCUACAAUGGAAUGUGAUUUCCCUUUUCAUUCAGACAUAUCACGAGGCACAAAUUGUAGCAGUGAGGUCAGAAACCUCAAGUGUGGUGUCUGCAAAAACACAUUCAGGGCUUGCUGCCAAGACAGCUUUUAGAAUCUACUAUACUGUGUGCAUAGAUAUGGAACUGAAUGUCAACAUUGUAAAGUACGGGCAUUAAACAGUGACUUUGGUUCAUGUACGGUUUUCAGAAUGCAACUAAAAAGUAUUUUAUAUAUUUGUAUGCCAUAAGCAGAAGAAGCUGCAUUGACAUGGAUCGAAAUAUCUUCGAAUCAGUGCCAAAAUUGAGGGUUAUUUCAUUAGCUAGUUGCAGGUGCCAUUAGCAAUAACAGCAUAUGAUCUAUGAGAUACUGUACAUAAUGUCAUUAGUGGGUAGGAUGUAUGUGGGUGAAUAAAAUAUUUACCGUGCCUUGGUA